GUGGUCAUGUAACAGCCAAUGAGAACCGUGAAUGGGAUUGAAUGAGCCACGUGACAGCCAAUAGCCACAUAGAAGGGGCGGAGUUGUCCUGUGAGACCUGUCCCGUGGAAGCCGGGAGAGUUCAGUCUUUCACGGAGUCUGUUGCUCAGUAGUCUUUGCGCCAUGGCGGCCUCUGAAGCUUUCUCCGGUUCAGGCCUCUUCUACUUCGCCGGGCUGCUGACUGUCGCGUACUUCGUUUGGAGGAUCCUCUACCAUGUGGUGAAUGGCGUCCGCCUGUGGGUUUUGGGUGAUGCUCAAGCUGUGGGCCCACAUCUGGGCGCCUGGGCGGUUAUAACGGGAGCUACUGAUGGAAUUGGAAAGGCUUAUACAGAAGAGCUAGCUAGACGAGGAAUGAAAGUGGCUCUUAUCAGCAGAUCUCAAGAGAAACUGGAUCAGGUUGCCAGUGAAAUAAGUGAGAAGUUCAAAGUAGAAACAAAAACUAUUGUUGCUGACUUUGAAGAUCAAGAAACUGUUUAUGAUAAGAUAAAAGAAGGAUUGGAAGGCCUUGAGAUUGGAAUCCUAGUAAACAACGUGGGUGUUUCAUAUUCCUAUCCGCAAUACUUUCUUGAGAUCCAAGACCUAGAUAAAGUAAUUAACAGAUUGAUUAACAUCAAUGUCUUAUCAGUAUGCAAGAUGACACGAUUGGUGCUGCCUCGCAUGCUCGAAAGGUCUAAGGGAGUAAUAGUGAAUAUGUCCUCUUUUGCUGGGUAUAAUCCAUUUCCAUUUGUGACCCUUUACUCAGCAACCAAGGCUUUUGUGGAUUUCUUCUCUCGAGGUCUCAAUGCAGAGUACAGGAAACAUGGUGUCAUUGUGCAGAGUGUUCAACCAUAUCUUGUGAAGACAAAAAUGACUAAGAUCCGCAAACAAUCCUUUUUUGUACCCACUCCUGAAACAUUCGUGAAAUAUGCCCUCAAUACAGUUGGCCUUGAGAGCCAGACUUCUGGAUAUCCAGCUCAUUCUCUUAUGGCCUGGAUCAGCAGGGCUCUGCCCAAGUGGUAUCGCACAAAGCUCAUGGUAGAUUUAUGCUUGAAAGCAAGAGCCCAUAAUUUGAAGAAACUAAAGGAAAACUGAACUUGCGCCAUCUUGACAAGAUCCUCGGUAACUUUGUAUCCACAUUCAAGCACCAAAUACUUUAUUAAUUCUUUGAAAAGUGGGAUUUUUUGAGGACCAGAAACCAGCAUGAAGCAAGAGGAAGCUGAGUGAGGGGAAAGGCUGUGAUUAGUCUGUACAUUUUUUUUGUGCCUUUGUUUUAAAAUGUGCUUUGUUAGAUGUGCCCCAAAAUUGAAUUGUUAACUAGCUUUAUGGUGAUACACACACCAGCAGAAUGUGUCAGUAUGAAACUUUUGUUGAAAGUGGUACUUCGUCAUCACACUGUUUAUUUAUAGUUGUCAGAAUAGGACAUUAUUUUCAUAAAUAACACUCUAUAAACCUUUACUUUACAGAAAUUGCACUUUUGUAAUUAUCCGUGAAUCUGAACUAGUACUUCUUAUCACAUAGUAGCCAUAAGAUCUUUGCUUUGUCUGUGUUCGUACCCAUCCUGUGAUGGAUGCCUUCAGAUAUCCCACACCUACAUAGAUGUCUCCCUUGGACAAUUUGGAGUUGGGGAAGAGGAAGGAAGACAGCCAUCUCAAUCUACCUUUAUUGAAGGAGGAUUGUAAGGGAAGGGUACCUUCACUUCAAGUACUCUUCUGUCAUGAAACAUGAAUUGCAAAAAGCAAUAUUUUCUGACGACGCAGUCACAGCCCUCAGCCAUCUUCAGAGAACACACAAGACUGUAAAUGUUUUAAUAUAUGUCAUUCAAGGCAAAGGUCUUAAUGUAACAGCUAUGUAGAUCUAAUACAUUGGCAAAGCACUCGUGAUACUAAUACUAAUCAUUUUAGUAAAAUGAUCUCUUUGGAUUAUAACAAAUGGUUUGAAGAGGGAUGCUACAGACUGCAGUAAUAUGACAAUAAAUAUUACCACCCUGCUGCUUGGUCACUGUUGUAUAUAAGAUUGCUGAUAUCUGAAAUGUGAUUGAAGUUAAAUACUGGAAAUGAGAUAGUUUGACUAACAUUAGCUCUCUCUUAAUGGACAUAAUCAAAUGAAAUGCAUUUGUCAGGGAAAACAUUGUGUUUUGCCUGUCUCUAAAUGCAAAAUUAGGCAUAUAGUUAGUUUAUCUGUUUCAGCCACAUGUUUGAGAGUAAGUAAAAUGAAAAUGUUAUGGGGUUGGAUCUUUUGCUGCCUCCCCCCUGCUGCUGAAGGAGCAGGGAUAUCUGCCAGCUACUUCCACAAGCUUUUCCAUGGAGAUCAGACGUUAAUGAGUUUUUAGAUACUUGUUUGUAGAAAAUAACCUCUAUAGCUUACUUGGUCGGUUGUGAAUUAACUCAGUGUUAAGAGCCACAAAAAAGACAAACAGCAAAAAAACUUCCGGGCUAUUUUAUCAGUUGAGGCUUAUGGUACAGCAUAUCAGUAAACCUUGAAUAAAUAUAGAAACCAGGUUGCCCCCCCCGGCUACAGCACUAAGUUUUGGUCUCUCUUGAAAUCCAUUGCCUUUGUCAAGUGGAAUAUGCACAGAAAAGCCAAUCUUUCUUACAGUUUGAGCACAUUUAUUGAUAUUACAAAGGCUACAAACUUGAAUGAUUAUACUGCCCUUGGAAGGCUCCAGUUUGAGAGUUAAAGUAUGUUUAAAUGUUAUUGUACAUAGAAAAUAAAUGAAAACCGAUGCAAUGGUGCUGAUCAGGUAUGCAAAAUGAACUUUGUCCAGGAAUGUACUUUUUGUGUUUUUUGGUAUUUGAAAGGGCAGAUUUGGGCUGUAUAAAGCUGCACACACAAUUUGGAAGUGAUGGAGAAGGGCAUUUGAAAUAACUGGCAAGCCUAUGCAACAGAGUGCUUUUUCUAACCCCUUAUUGUAAAAUUGAAAUUUAAAAUAAACAGUUCCCUAAAUGUUUAA